AGCCCUAGUCCCAUGGCGAAGACGAUCACGCUGAGGAGCUCCGAUGGUGAGGUUUUCGAGGUCGACGAGGCGGUCGCCACGGUAUCGCAGAUCAUCAAGCACGUGAUCGAGGACUGCCCCGACAACACCAUCCCUCUUCCAAACGUCACCUCCAAGAUCCUCCCGGAAGUCAUCGAGUAUUGCAAGAAGCACGUCGACUCGUCAUCUGAUGGCGACUCACGGCUAGCUGACGAAGAACUCAAGUCCUGGGAUGCCAAGUUUGUCAAGGUCAAUAAGGCGAUCCUAUUCCAACUCUGUCUGGCUGCAGAUUACCUGUAUAUAAAAGGGCUUCUGGAUUUGACUUUCCAAACUGUGGCCGAUAAGACGAAGGGAAUGACCCUCGAAGAAAUCCGCUUCAAAAAGGUUGUUACUCUGAGGAGCUCCGACGGUGAGCUAUUCGUGGUCGACGAGGUGGUUGCCAUGAAAUCGCAGACCAUCAAGAACUUGAUCGAGGACGACUGCGCCGACAGCGCCAUCCCUCUUCCAAAUGUCACCUCCGAUAUCCUUCUCCAAGUCAUCGAGUAUUGCGAGAAGCACGUCGACGACGACGCCACCACUGCCUCGAACUCAUCUGAUGAUGAUUCGCGGCUCGCUGAGGAAGAACUCAAGUCAUGGGAUGCCGAGUUUGUCAAGGUCGAUCAGGCGACCCUAUUCGAUCUCAUACUGGCUGCAAACUACCUGAAUAUAAAAGGGCUUCUGGAUUUGACUUGUCAAACUGUGGUCGAUAUGAUAAAGGGAAAGACCCCAGAAGAAAUCCGCAAAACAUUCAACAUCAAAGAUGACUUUACUCCAGAAGAAGAGGAAGAGGUCCGAAGGGAGAAUCCAUGGGCCUUCGAAUGAUGGCUGUUUAUCUUCAA